GUUUGAACUCCUGGUUAGAAAGGCUUGGCAGAUGUAAUGUCGUUGCCGUGCACAGAUCACGCCCCGCGUGUGACAGGAAAGCAGUCACAGCUGCGGCGAUCCAGCAGCCUCGUGCAGCAUGGACAGCGAUGGCGAACUGGAAGAGGUCGUGGAAGGUCCAUUGGAUGAAGAUGGUCAGCCCUGUGGGUUCUGCACAGUAACCUACUCAUCCAGUGAUCGUUUUGAAGGACACUUCGCCCACGGAGAGAAGAAUGGCAAGGGCAAGUUCUUCUUCUUUGAUGGAAGUACACUGGAGGGUUUCUAUGUAGAUGAUGCUCUGCAGGGCCAGGGGGUGUAUACGUAUGAAGAUGGUGGUGUCCUCCAUGGGACGUAUGUGGAUGGUGAGCUCAACGGGCCUGCUCAGGAGUUUGAUGGAGAGGGCCGCCUGGUGUUCAAGGGCCAGUACAAAGACAACAACCGCUGUGGGGAAUGCUGGGUCUACUACCCUGAUAGGGGCUGUUUGUUUGGGGAGGUGAAUGAGGACGGGGAGAUGACCGGUGAAUCUAUAGCAUACAUCUACCCCGAUGGACGCACAGCUCUCUAUGGAAGCUUUGUGGACGGAGAUCUAAUCGAGGCUCGCCUUGCCACCGUGAUCUCCAACGAGAGUGGAAGGUUACGCUUUGAAAUCACACCCAACAGUCCUGUAUACUCAUACGACAAGUCUACGUCCACCUGUAUCGCCACCCACACUCUACUUCCUGACCCUUAUGAGAGCCAAAUGGUGUUUGUGGCAGACUCUAUGAUCAGAGGAGCAGGACAGGGCCUGUUUGCCAAGACAGAUGCUGAGACUGACACUGUGAUGGCUUUUUAUAAUGGAGUACGGAUCACACACUCAGAGGUGGACAGCAGAGACUGGGCACUUAAUGGCAACACAAUCUCAUUGGACGAGGAUACAGUGAUUGAUGUUCCUCCGCCAUUUGACCAGACAGAGAGAUACUGUGCCUCUCUGGGUCACAAGGCAAACCACUCCUUCAACCCCAACUGCAAAUAUGACCCGUUUGUCCACCCUUGUUUUGGGCCUAUCAAGUGUAUCCGAACCCUGAGGCCUGUGCAGAAAAACGAAGAGCUAACAGUAGCUUAUGGUUACGAUCACGAGCCAACGGGGAAGAAUGGCCCUGAGGCCCCUGAUUGGUACAAGCAGGAGUGGGAGGAGUUCCAGCGGGGACAGGCGGCUCCCACUGGCCAGUGACAAUACAGAUGAAUUUCCCUGGACAAUAAAACACCCCUCUACCUGUGCUACCACCUUACAAGAGUCAUUACGGCACCUGAUACCCCCUGCAGCUCCAAACCACACCAUAGAUAUUCUAGAUGUUACUGUGCUUCAUAUGGCAUUCAAAUGGAAUUGUGCUUGAGCAUUAUGAAUGGAGGCCUUGGAGAUGGAAGGCCAAAGCAACACAAGAACUAUGCAAGAAACCAAAUGUUUAAAUUAGAGAAGACAUGUUUCUGGCUAGAGGGGCUGUUCUGUCUGAUUUUACCCACUGUCCUUGUGAUCACUUAUUACUCACAUGGAAAUGAAGAUUUACAUGUUCAUGGUUGGUGCUUAUACAUUUGGGCUAUGAUGAAAAACUAAAAAUUUUCUCAGUUUCUACUGUCUAUAAUUGUUUUACACAGGGGCUACAGUUUACUUGGCAGGGCUGCCUCUGAGGUGUUGAGUUUAACAGCAUUUACCGUAUCCGUUUAAACUGGUUAGCUCACACUUCAUUUGAACUAAUUCAGCUGGACAUAAAUUCCAUACCUUUAAAAGAGGGCUUUGUCACUUAGCACACAGAAUACAGUAUAUCUUAUAGUGACUAAUUGAAAUUGGUAACGUACUGUAUUUCCUGAGCUUCAUAGAAGUGAUUUGUAACUUAGGCACGGUCUACCGCUACAGGAAAGAACGACAGUGAGCUUGUUCCACUUUUCUAACUUAAUUAUCUGUGUUCAUAAGCUACAAAAUAAAAGUCCCAUAUAAACAAAAUCAA